ACGGGUACCACCGCUGAUCGCCCUCAUAACUACCACAAGCCGCGGCUCUGUAUCAGUCAUAGCCCUGUCAAGCUCCAUGAUGUGUGAGUGUCAGGUGUUGUGCCUGCUGCUGGUGGUGAUGACCGCCCUAGAAUCAUCAUCGGCAUUGAAUGCACCCACAAGCGACGUGAACCCCAUUUGCAUGACGACAACGGAGACACUGAUCCCCCACCCAACUAAGUGUGCCCAGUACUACGACUGUAGCGCGCCGGCCGCAAAACCCUCCUGGGAGCAGAACCUACAGGAAUGUACCAACCCGCAGUUGUACAACACUGAAACACAGAGGUGUGAGCACUACAGCAUGGUCCAGUGCGGUAACAGAACAGAGCCCCUGGGGAUAUGCGAGUAUGAGUUCCCGUGUUUUGGGGGAAGGUACUGUGGGGCACCGUGUCACGUUUACAACCCCAGCUGCAGGAACCUCUCCGACGGCCUCAACGUCUACGAAUAUCGCCUCAACUCCCCCUACUACGUGGUGUGCGUUAAUCAGCGACUGGUCUACACUGGCGAGUGCCACGAUUUCGGAACGGGGCCACCAAUCUUUGACGCAGAAAUGCGUGCCUGCAGGUGUUCUUAAAAAGUCCUUUUAUCACAAUUGGCAACGAAAAUAAAAGAGUUUGUCAACAG